GGUUUUCUCUCCCGCCCUCCGCCUCACUGCGCGACAGGAAGUUGGCUUAAAAACAAGAACGGAAACAGAAUUCAUCCUAAAAAAUGGAUUAAAAUUUAAAAGUAUUGUUGUUGUUUUUGGGGGUGCCAGGCUGCUGGAGUAGCUAACUAUUCAGAUGAUGUCUAACACGGCGAGGAGCGGGGACAUCAUCCACCUGAACGUCGGAGGGAAGAGGUUCAGCACCUCCAGACAGACACUCACAUGGGUUCCUGACUCAUUUUUCUCCAGUCUUCUGAGUGGUCGGAUCUCGACGUUAAAAGAUGAAACUGGAGCUAUCUUCAUCGACAGGGACCCGUCUCUGUUCGCUCCCAUCCUCAACUUCCUGCGGACCAAAGAGCUGCACCCCCGCUCCAUCAGCGUUCACAUGCUCAUGCACGAGGCCGAGUUCUACGGCAUCACGCCGCUGGUGCGUAAGCUGCAGCUGUGUGACGAGCUGGAUCGAUCCUCCUGUGGAAACGUGUUGUUCAACGGCUACCUGCCUCCACCAGUGUACCCGGCGAAGCGUCUGAACCGUCACAGCGUGGCAGGGUCGCAGUUCAUGGGGGGGCGAUCCGCGCCCGCAGAGAGAGCGCCGGUCAGACGCAGCAACACCAUGCCGCCCAACCUGGGGAAUUCUGGGAUACUGGGCCGAGCCGUCGCUGAGGAGAGGCCGUCCGGAGGUCCGUUAUCAGAUCCCGGCAUGGUUCGGAUCAUCUGUGGUCAUCAUAACUGGAUCGCUGUGGCCUACGCUCAGUUUGUCGUCUGCUACAGGGUGAAGGAGUCCACCGGGUGGCAGCAGGUCUUCACCUCUCCUCGUCUGGAUUGGGUGAUCGACCGAGUCGCGCUCAACGCCAAAGUGAUGGGCGGCUCGCUGGGAGACAACGACAAGAUGGUGGCCGUCGCCUCGGCAACGGAUAUCAUCCUCUGGGCCAUCUGCCCCGACGGCAACGGGAAUGAAAUCGGCGUCUUCAGUCUGAACGUGCCGGUGGAGGCUCUCUUCUUCGUUGGUAACCAGCUGAUCGCCACCAGCCACACGGGGAAGGUCGGGGUGUGGAACGCCGUCACCAAACACUGGCAGAACCAGGAUGUGGUUCCUAUCAGCAGCUACGACACCGCCGGUUCCUUCCUCAUUCUGGGCUGCAACAACGGAUCCAUCUAUUAUAUCGACGUUCAGAAGUUUCCUCUGAGGAUGAAGGAUAACGAUCUGCUGGUGACGGAGCUGUACAGAGACCCGACUGAAGACGCCAUCACUGCUCUCAGUGUCUACCUCACACCCAAAACCAGUGACAGCGGGAACUGGAUCGAGAUCGCGUACGGGACCAGCUCCGGGACGGUCCGAGUCAUCGUUCAGCAUCCGGAGACCGUCGGUUCGGGACCGCAGCUCUUCCAGACCUUCUCUGUCCACCGCAGCCCCGUCACCAAGAUCAUGCUGUCUGAAAAACACCUCAUCUCAGUUUGUGCGGACAACAACCACGUGCGGACGUGGACGGUGACUCGGUUCAGAGGGAUGAUCUCCACGCAGCCGGGAUCCACGCCGCUCACGUCCUUCAAGAUCCUCAGCCUGGACGACGUGGACGGACACGGAGGCUGCAGCGCCGGGACAGAGAUAGGGCCGUACGGAGAGAGAGACGACCAGCAGGUGUUCAUCCAGAGAGUCGUACCGGACACCGAUAAACUCUACGUCAGACUGUCGUCCAACGGGAAGAGGGUGUGUGAGGUGCGUUCGGUGGACACCACCUCCAUCACGGCCUUCAUGGUGCACGAGUGCGAGGGCUCGAGUCGCAUCGGCUCUCGACCGCGGCGCUACCUGUUCAGUGGCCAUAGCAAUGGCAGCAUCCAGAUGUGGGACCUGACCACCGCCAUGGAGAUCGCCGGCAAGGUCGACAUCAGAGCGCUGGGCGGGCCAACAGAAGAGGAGCUGCUGGAGCUGCUGGACCAGUGUGACCUCGCUCUGACCAGAACACCUGACAGCACACCUAGAGCCUCCACCUGCAGUCUGGUCUCUCAGCUCAGCGAUGGCGUCCGGGCGGAGCGACACCACUCUGCAGGAGGAGGAAGAGGAGGCGGAGCUUCAGGCUCGUCCGCUUCAUUGUGCGGUAGCCUCCCUCGCCAGGCUCCGCCCCCCCUGCCAUUUGCCAAACCUAUGCGAGACUCCGGCCUCUCAGCCGGGCCCGGAGCCGGACCGCAGCCCCUCGCCAUCCCUGGCCCCGCCUACACCCACAGCUCUAACUCCACCCCUAGCCCCCGCCCCCUCCGACACCAGGAGCGAGACAGGGAGUGGGGGUCUGUCCGCAGGGGAAGCUUCGUGGAGCGCUGCCAGGAGCUCGCCAAGGGCUCAGAGGCGGCGGCGGCGGCGGGCUCUGGGUUCGGGGUCACGGCAGGGUCGGAGGGUGUCAGGCGGAGCUUAGCGGUGUGCAGCGAGUUAGAGGCCAGAUUCGGCCUCCGGACGCCCACCACUUUCUCUGUGUCGCCCGGCGCUCGCCACUCUCCCGGAACACCUUCAUCACUGUCGUCAUCGCCGCUAUCGGGGUCUUCAUCACACCGCAGGACCACACCCACAUCUCCGACAAGCCCCGCCCCCACAGCUGUGAGCCCCACCCGGUCUCAUACGCCCGCCUCGCCUCGCCGCAGUGCCACCGUGCCUCCUGCUGACGUCCCAGCUUCCCCUGAGAGCCCAGCGAGUCCAGACAGCCCCGCCGCCGCCGCCGCCGCCGCCGCCGCCGCCGCCGCCGCCGCCCCCCCCACCAGCCCCAAACCACAUCUGAACGAGACCAGCUUCUGAUUGGCUGGUGUGACUGAGUUGAGAAGUGAUGCGUGUUCUCAGCAGGUUUGAACGCCUUAAUAACCGCUCUGGAUGAACAGCCAAUCAGCUGCCUGAUAGACUUCUGCUGCCAUGGUUACCACAUGCUUCCAGUUAACAAGAUCACUACUCACAAACAACGUCAGGCGGGAAAAAACUUUCCACUAACUGAUCAGUUUUAUUUAAGCUGCACUAAUCAAUAUCAUUCUAUUAUCAAUGACUCAAAGUGAAGGGCUGUUGUAGUUCUGAAUUAACUGUUCGCUAAGCCCCGCCCCCCCCCUUAGUUACCGUUGCUAACCUGUCUUCCUGUUCUCUCACAGCACAUGUUCAGACGUAAACAAAAGCAGCCGAUCGUUUCUGUCAGUAAGUAAUGAAAUGACGUCGUUCUCGUGUUGCCAUGGAGAUCUCGUUAGUCCUAAUUGGAGCUUGUUAACUGUGGAUGUUCUGGUUUCUUUAGUCUCUGUGACAGUAAACUGAAUAUCUUUGAGUUGUUGACAAAACGAGACAUUUUAUGACGUCGUCUUGGGCUUUUGGGAAACAACGAUCCACAUUUUUCACUAUUUUAUGGACUAAACGACUAAUUGAUUAAUUGAAAAUGAAAAUAAUCGUUAGUUGCAGCCCUGCUUAUUACCUGCUGAGGCUCAUUACAGUUGCUAAGCUACCAUCAGACUUAAGUUCUUCAGGGGCAGGAUUUAGCAAAUGGUCAGUAGCCACCAAGUCUGGUUCUAGGUCUGGGUCUGGUUCUGGUUCUGGGUCUGGUUCUGUACAGGACAGUUAGAGACUCGCUGGUGAAGAAAGCGGAACAUCGAGCAGCUAAAGACUCUAAAGAUGUUUUUCUCAGGAGCUGGUGGAGACCAAACCGGAGCUAAAAGGAAAAGUUUUCAGCUCGUUCCGUUGCCUCCGAGCAGUGAAAACAUCCGAUAAAUCAGCUUUAACUGAACUCGUGUUUGUUUUUUGUAUAUUUUGAUAAUAACAAUAUUUAAAAAAAAACCAAGCUGUUAAUGUUUAUUUCCUGUUAGCAGAUGAAUCUUUUCUAACCUUUUUCUAUCUGUUCCUCCUCCGACUCCGACGGUCUGUUUGUAAAAGGAAAAAAAAAAAAAAAGAAGUUUAUUUUUUAAAUUUGUGGGGUUUUUUUUAAACAGUUUUGGGUUCCGGCAGGUUUUGGAGCCCCGACUGUUAAUUCACACUGUGAUGAAGAACAAGUCGUCUUCAGUCCGUUCAAAGCUGCCAAAAUGAUUGUUUUCUAUCUGACUGUUCAAACGACAACAAAUUAAAUUAUGAAAUAUGAAAAAACGAAGCAGCAGAAAGAAAGAAAGAGGAAGACGUCUCCAGCUCAGACCGUUGACUCGUCUUCAUCGUCGCCGCCUGUAAGUGCAGCUUUUGUAACUUUGUCACUUUGGGUUUUUAUUGAACUAACUGAAGAGUCGCUGUCCUGCUGUUUUCCUUCUUUUACCUUUUUUGUUGGGGUUUAUUUCACUCUUAUCACAUUUUUUUUUUUUUUAAACGUAGCAGUUUUUUAACCUUCAGUUUGAACCGUUUCAUCUGCAGCCUGAUGAGACGUUCAGAGCCACAAAUCGUCUGAUGAGAAUCUGCUUUUAAAGGUUUAAAAACGGACCAAAAACACUCCGAAGUAAACAGAUGAAAUUUAAAUGUUGUGACUUCCGGUUGUCGCUUCAUUAUAUUUUACGCACAAACUGUAUUAAUAAACAUUAAUUACCUGUUAUGAAUUCUUCACAGGAGUUCUAGUUGUUAGAAAAUAUAUUAAUAAACAGUUAAACGUCCUGAUAUCUUGUUACAUUCACACUGUAUUCAAUUAAAUGUUUAUGCUGCUUAUAAAUACUAAACGAAGGGUUAAAAUAAAACGAUCCCAAUUUCUUUAGAAAAAAACGUCAACGAUGACAUCGUUUGUUGUGAAGAAGCUCAAAAUUGCAAAUAAAAGUAUUGAUAACCACACAGAGAUAUUGAUAGAUUACUAUUUAAAACCAUGUUAACAGAUCUCUGCAUAACUGAUCGACAGAGCUGUAAAAAUCUAAACUAAGUUGUAAUAAACCAAAGUUUUAAUUUAUCGCUAAUCUGAAGCGUUAAUCUGUGUAAUUAAAGGAUUAUUAUCAGAUUAAAGGAAACAAUUUGUGAGUAAAAGUAAAGAAAAAGAGUUCAAAUCAGAAGUUAUUAAACUAAACUUCAUCAAAGAUGAAACGAUUGGAAGAUUAAUUGAUUAAUCAAUCAAUAGAAAUCAAUGUGAUUUUCUGUUUUUCUCAGUUUCAUUUGAUUGACAGCUGAUAUUUGGACAAAUCAUUUCAAGAUGUGACAUUUAAUAGACUAACAAUUAAUUGAUUAUUCAAAAGAAAACCCAAAUUAAAAGAUAAUGAAACUAAUCAUCAGUUGCAGCUUUUCUUUAAAAACAUCAUCUGAAGAAAUCCUGUCGGGGAUUUUUUUUACAUUUUACAGACAAGAUGAUGAAUUAAUUCAUCUAAAUGAAGAAUGAGAUUAAUUGAUCUUGACAGUAAUUGAUUCCUCUGACCUGUGUGUGUCUCUGUGGCUCUGAACUGUUCAUGUUUGGUUUGAAUGUUUUUUUUUUCUGUCUGUAUUUAUCUUCAUGUAAACGGCUCGUAGAGAAUGUAGUGAAACAUGGACUCAGGUCGACGCUGAGGAGGCUUUUAAUAUAUCUGAAGCUGCGUGUGUGUGAGUGUGUGUGUGUGUGUGUGAGAGUGUGUGAGUGUGUGUGAGUGUGAGAGAGAUACACUGAUUGUUAACCAGGUUUCUAACCAAACAACUUUUCUAACAGUGUUUGUAUAAAAAAAAAAUAAAAAUAAUUGACUCAUGAAAAUGUGACCAGACAUGUUUUUAUUCCAAAAGCCUUUAAUUCUCUUAACUUAACAACUUCUUCUUCUUCAGCUCAGUGAAUGAAACUAAUCAGCAAUCAAUAAUUGAUCAGUAGAGUUAGAAGAGUCUUCCCUCCCUGGUGUUGCUACGGUAACCAGCUCAUCUUUGAGAGAGUUCACACAAAAAUAUCUUUUAUAUUUACAAAAAUAGAUUUUUUUUUUUUUUUUUUUAACUUGAGGAAAAAUCGUCCAGGUUCUGAUGAUGAUGAUGAUGAUGAUGAUGAUGAUAAACCUGCUAGUUUACAUUAAGUUCACUCAA